GAUGACCCCUGUUGAAACUACAGUUGGAGGCACAACCGCACAAUCAGAAACAACCCCUACCCAAGGACAAACUUCCACUCGUGUCCCUGCAACACAAGAGCCAACCACCACCCAAAUGCCUGAGACUCAAGGGCCAACCACAACCCACAUCUUUGCCUCUCAAGAACCAACCUCGACCCAUGUGGUCACGACUCAUGGGCCAACCUCCAGCCAUGUUCCUUCAACUCAAGCACCAACUACCACCCAUAACUCAACCCCUACUCGUGAGCCAACCAGCACCCAUGUGACCACGACUCAUGAGCCAACCCCUACCCAAGGACAAACUUCCACUCGUGUCCCCGCAACACAAGGGCCAACCACCACCCAAAUGCCUGAGACUCAUCAGCCAACCACAACCCAUGUCCUUUCAUCUCAAGGAGCAACCCCGAGCCAUGUGGCCACGACUCACGGGCCGACCUCCUCCCGUGUUCCUGCAACUCAAGGACCAGCUGCUCCAAAUCCAACAACUCCAGUCGCAGUCUCCACAUCGCCUCCACCAGUUGUUGUCCUGUCAGCAACUUUGGAGGAACCCUUUGUGGAAGCAUUCAAUAAUGUCAGCAGUGUGCAAUAUCUCGCUCUUGAGACCAGAGUUGUCACAUCGUGUGAUGCCAUCUACAGGCAGAGAUUCGGUUUUAUCUUCAUUCGGACCUUCAUUAUUCGGAUUUUCCAGGCUGUGGUGGUUACACGAAUGGGAAACACGCAAAUUGAGUUGGGACUGGAGUUCAGCAACACAUCAUCGACUCCCACGGAUGAGGAUGUUGUCACCACCUUAGAAGACGCCUUGGCUCAGCCCAACAACACGUUCAACGUCAGCCUCGUCGCCAACACCCUUCAAGUCAUUCGAUCCCCGCCAAGAACCGAUUCAACAACCGCCAAAGCCGACACCACGGUGGCUCAAGUGACGACGGCAACGAGGAAUCCCGCUUCCAGCAGUACGCCGCUCACCACGCGUACUCUGAGGUUUACAUCCGUUGGUGAGACGUUCACGAGCGACUUACUCAAUCAGUCGUCUCCUGCGUUUAUCGUCCGAGCGCUAAUCAUCAGGCUGACGCUUGAGCCACUCUACACAGCCACAUUUUCCUCAUUUAAAGACUUGACAGUAACAUCAUUCAGAAACGGCUCCAUUAUCAACUUACUGGACCUGAGAUUCAUAACUGGGUCAGUGCCCAGCAGUAACGCCAUUGCCAGCGUAUUGAUCAACGCUGCGGCCAACAUCACCACCUUUAACGUGGACACAUCGUCCAUUUUUGUGGACGGCACACUAGUUUCAAGCAGCGCGAGCCAGAAGACGAGCCUCAUCGCCACAUCCGGGAUGGUGCUGUUGUCGUGGUUAGCAGUGGUGGCACAUUUGGGCCUGUUCGUCAACUAAGCGUGAGGGGGGCCCAACAAAGGUCCCUGCGGACUUCCGUAUCGCUUAAGUUAUACGUGUAUGGUAAUUUUACAUGAGUACAUGGAUUUCUGGGAAUCUAUAACAUGAUGCACACCGGUGUAAGUAUUAAAGCUUUUGUACACUGUAUACAAAUUGAAUCCUUUGGAGACCGUGUAAAAUUAAAGCUUUUCGACCAGGGUUUCUCGAAAGAGUCUCAAGACAGGACAGGACAGACAAAUAGAUAGAUUUGGCUGUUUGAUAUUGGGACCAUACAGACUGAGACCUUUGCUCCCACCGCCGUAAUUUUGGAAUUCUGGAUUGAAAUGGUCAAUGGGCCAGAUGUGGCCCACAGGCCGUAGUUUGCCCACACCUACUGCAGACACGAUAAGAAUUCGAGUCUUUUUUUCCAUUGUAUGUAAAUUAAGUCUUUGCACAGAAGAAUUCAAGCCUUUGGAGACUAUAAUAAUGAAAAUUUUCGGACACAGUAUGAUUCCCCCCCCGCCCGUAUGUAAAACGUUACAUAAAAAAAUAGGAAGAACUCUAAUAUCGCCUAACACUGUGCUCCAUUAAUUUUUUGUCUGCCCACUGUCAUUGUACAAAUUAAAACCUUCGAACACCGGAUAAGAAUUAAUGAACAGUACACAUGAUAAUUUAGAUAUUGAUUAUAUGGCAUUUCUGAGAUUCUACAUUUUAAAAUAAUAAUCUCAAAAUCUGUGUAGUAACCAUAUAGUGUAUCAAUCUGGGUUCUUUGUUAAAUGUGUAUUUUGAUAAUUGUGUUUAUACGUUCACUAAUAAACAAUGUG